UCUUUUGCUUGGGGGCAUUCUACUCUGCAAAGUCAACAUUUUUCAUUUCUUUCCCCAAAAAUAUCCUAAGGAAAUGGAACCCCAGCAUGUUUCUUCGACGCGAUCUUUUCUGGAAGCCAUAGGAAUCACCAAGCCUGUUCCUGCAAAUUGCGAUUCCUACGACUUCUACUCCGACAUCCUUCGUUCUUGUCUCAAGGUCGAUAGUAUCCAAAGGGGCCGAAUCUCUUGCACCUUCAUCGUCAAACCCCCUCUCAGUAACUUUUUCAAAUCCCUGCAUGGAGGGGCUUUUGCAGCUGCAGUUGAAUUGGUGUCAAUUGCCUGCGCUAGAACUGUUAUGGCUGAGGAUAAGGAACUUUUCCUUGGGGAAAUUUCCAUGGCUUACCUAUCUGGCGCCAUGCUGAAUACCGAGCUGCAAGUCGAUGGCUCAGUGGUGAAAAGUGGGAGAAACGUGACUGUGGUUUUACUUGAGUUUAAACAAAAGAAAACAGGGAAGUUAAUCUACGCUGCUCGUGCUACCUUCUACAACCUGCCAGUUGCCAAGUUAUGAACAUUGAAGUUUCUGUUGAACAUACUAAGAGUUGAUUCUCAAUCUGCUCUUUGGCAUAAUGAUUAUUCACUGUCAAAUUCAGAGUUUUCGGUCUUGUUAUGCUACGUUUGUGUUAGAAGCCUUGACUUUAUCAAUUAGGAAUACUUAUCAUAGUUCUGUUCUCUCUUCCUCCUCCUUCAGCGUAUUUGGGGCUGUUGCUGAGUGGUUUCUCCUCCUUUACUUCUCUGCUUUCUCUUUUCCUUCCCUUUCGUGUUCCGAGUCUUAAACUUUAAUCAUUACGUACCAUCACGUUUUCUUCUGUUAGUUUUUGCCUCCCCUUUCUAUGGGCCUCUUUCGAGCCUUUUAUGAAGGGCAAGCAGAAACGUUUAGAAAUGAAGGAAAGACGAGCAACCAAAUGCAA